GUCGAUACCAAAGACAACUAUGGUCAAACACCUUUGUCCUGGGCUUCCAUGUACGGGGCUGCGAAGAUAGUGCAUCAAUUGUUAGAUAUCGACAAAGUGGACAUCGAUUCCAAGGAUAACAGAGGCCGAUCGCCGUUAUCAUGGGCCGCUUGGAGUGGACAUAAGAACGUUGUUCAGCUACUAACCACAAAUGGUGCGGAAUCUGACAUGCCUGACGACAAAGGA